CAAUCAAAUUUAAAAGUCAAGGGGCGAGCACACACUGUUUGCGAUCUCUCUUUUCUUUUCUCUCUUUCCUUUUUCACAUGGUAAUCAGAGAGAGGGAAAAGAGAGAGACAAUAAAGAACACAGAGAGAAGAGGGGAGAGCCAGAUAAAAAGACGAAACUGACCUCAAUUUCUCUGUUCUUGCUGUUUCUGCUUCUUGUUUGUUUCUUCUGUCUCUCAAUUUGCCGAUUCUAGGUUUGGUUGGUACUGUCGCCAUGAACGAGAAGGCCAACGUCUCUAAAGAGCUUAAUGCUAAGCACAGAAAGAUCUUGGAAGGUCUCCUUAAAUUGCCUGAGAAUAGAGAAUGUGCUGACUGCAAAGCCAAAGGUCCAAGGUGGGCAAGUGUGAAUUUAGGUAUCUUUAUAUGCAUGCAAUGUUCAGGGAUACACCGAAGCCUGGGGGUGCACAUAUCGAAGGUUCGAUCUGCAGCCCUUGACACAUGGCUUCCAGAGCAGGUUGCAUUUAUUCAAUCAAUGGGAAAUGAGAAGGCAAAUAGUUACUGGGAAGCAGAGCUACCCCCCAACUACGAUAGAGUUGGCAUAGAGAAUUUCAUUCGUGCAAAGUAUGAAGAGAAGAGAUGGGUCCCUAGAGAUGGAGAACCAAAAUCCCCUCCUAGAGACCAUGAUGAAAGGUCUUCUUUGCAUUGGCAGAGACCCAGUGAAAGAAGUGGGCAUCAACGUGCCAGCAGUUCAGAAAAUAUGUUUGAUGAAAGAAAGAAUGCUCAACCACUAAGUUCAAAGGACAGUUUUCCUGUUCAAAGAAUUAGCAUUCCCAUUCCUCCGAAGGGACCUGAGCAGAUCGCCCAUCCAAAGCCCCAUCAGGUUAUUCAGAAAAUUGAACCUACAGUGGAGCCAGCUGAACCAACAAAGAAUGCUGCAACUGCCAUUCCAGCUGCUUCGGCCCCGAAAGUUGAUUAUGCUACUGACCUUUUCAAUAUGUUAUCUGUGGAUGGCCCAAGUGAAAAUGGCUCUGAGGCAGCUUCCAAUGAUGAUAAUGGAUGGGCAGGAUUUCAAUCUGCAGCUGCAGCUGCUGAAGAAGCAUCAACAACAGACAAAAAUGCUCCAACUAAAGUGGCAGAGAAUAAUACCAACUCCACUUCUGGAAUUGAGGAUCUAUUUAAAGAUUCGCCUUCUUUAACAGCACCUUCAGUGACAGAGAAACACCAAAAAGAUGUAAAAAAUGAUAUCAUGAGCCUUUUUGAGAAGUCCAAUAUGGUGUCCCCAUUUGCAAUGCAUCAACAGCAACUUGCUAUGCUGGCACAGCAACAGUCCCUUCUCAUGGCUGCUGCAGCAAAAUCAGGUGGUGUGGAACCAAAAUUUCCUGGCAGUAUUCAACAGCCUGGGUCCAAUGGUAUAUUGCCUGCUCAAAAUUGGCCAAAUGUUGGAUACCAAAUUCCUGGAUUAGUGAUGCCAGUAGCCGGGCAGGGUGACCCACGGAAACUUAUGCAGACUGGUAACUCAGGACUCACAAAUCUAGCAGGAAGCUCUGUACCAUAUCCAAUGUCUAGCUUUUAUACCUCAGGGCAGGUUACCCCUGUUAAUGGUGUGACGACUGGAGUUAGUCCUCAAUCGGGAGCUCCAGUUUCAUCCGGGAAUUCAUCACAAUCUGGAAAGGAUUAUGAUUUCUCAUCAUUAACACAAGGCAUGUUCCCAAAGCAGUGAGUUUCGAGGGAGUGACAAUGUUGGCCUUUUCAUACCAAUACCAUGAUAGUUGUAUUACAGGAAAAUAGCACCUAAAAAAGAUUUUCCUCCUGUAUGGCGAUUGUAAACUAUUUUGUAGAGGCAGUUUCAGUUUUUCUCUUUCAUAUUUGUUUAAUGGCUCAUUUUGUAUUGGGUAGAUGUAUCCAGAGUAAUAAAGAUGGGUUUGGAUUGAUCUCA